UACGUCAAUGUCAAAACAUUUCUGGAAAGGGGAAAAAUAAAAUAAUAAAAUUGGUACUUUCUCAUUGAGUAAGUAAGUGCGUAAAUAGUUUUAGAUCUUUGUUGAGCGUAUAAUGAUAUCUUUUAGAACUUAAAAAGUGUAUAAAUAAAUCGUUACGAUGAGUAAGCAUAUGUAUUCUACCGCAAACCUUAGUGACAAAGAAUUGAAAGAACAAGGAAACAGACUUUUUAGUUUGCGUCGUUACGAAGAUGCUCUGAAUUGUUAUACGAAGGCUAUAAUAAAGAAUCCAUCAGUCGGCACAUACUUCACAAACCGAGCACUAUGCCAGCUCAAGAUGAAGCGUUGGGAAGCCACUUGCCAAGACUGCCGCCGCGCACUUGACAUUGACUCUAACCAGGUUAAGGGACACUUCUUUUUGGGACAAGCUCUGGUGGAACUUGAGUUCUAUGAUGAAGCUAUCAAACAUCUUCAUAGAGCCAAUGACCUUGCCAGAGAGCAAAAACUCAACUUUGGUGAUGACAUUGCUGCACAGCUCCGUAUUGCCAGGAAAAAGAGGUGGAACGUUCAGGAAGAGAAGAGGAUCACACAGGAGAUUGAACUUCAAACAUAUUUGAAUAGGUUAAUAAGUGAAGACAUGCAGCGUAGAAUAGAAGCCUUAAAACUAGAGCACAAUAACGAAGAGGAUGUUAAUGUAAAAACGGCGAAAAUAGAAGAGGAAUGUAAUAACUACACCAGUGAGCUAAACAAUUUAUUUGUCAAAAUAGAUGAUAGGAGAAGGAAACGUGACGUUCCCGAUUACCUAUGUGGGAAGAUAAGUUUUGAGAUACUAAACGAGCCGGUGAUCACGCCGAGCGGCAUCACGUACGAGAAGAAAGACAUUGAAGAACAUCUUGAGCGCGUCGGCCAUUUCGAUCCAGUGACGCGCGUGAAGCUAACAGCGGAUCAACUCAUCCCUAACUUCACAAUGAAGGAGGUGGUCGACUCCUUCCUUCAGGAGAACGAGUGGGCGCUCGACUAUUAACUGGUUCAACUUUAUGUAUGGGUAAUUCAUUUUAAAUUGUCAUGUUUUAACAUAAAGCUGGUUCAUCGUUGCGUGUCGGUGGAACUACCCUUCUGAGAAAGCAGACUUAUUGAUUGUGAUGCGUCAAGAUUGCUAACUUGGAGUUGGCCGAAGACGAAUAUUCGCCUGAAUUAUUCUCACUCUCACACUAAGCAAAAUGUGAGACAAAAUACACAUUGGACCAAGACAUUGGACAGAUAGAAUACCAUCCUAACUAAGGGCACGAUUAUUUCUUAGGCGUUACAUCUCUUUACAAUCAAUUUACUUAGUGAAAGUAACGUCAGUGUGGAGAAACUAAAGCGUUCGGCCAUUCUCAGCUGCGUGUGCAAGCGGCGUGCCGUUUUUCUUAAGGAUCUGUAUAUUUCAACGCACAUGUGCAUAUUCACGUCUACGCACACGCAUCCGGUGUGCACAGGCCUUAAAUCGAUAUUUUAACCCUUUUGUGAACGGCGGCUAUAUUUUGACAUCAUACGCUAACAAUAUAGAAAUAGGAUUUACCUAAAAACAUUUUUUUUUCAAAGAUGUUUUUGUAUACUCAUUUCAUAAAUUUUCAAAUAAAAUGUUCAGACCACUAAAGGGGGUAUCGAUUUAAGAAGUAUAUAAUUAUUUUGGUAUGUUUUAAGAAUUGUUGAAUAAUGUUUUCCUUCGGAAAUUUCGAACGGUUUAUUUUCCUUAAUAUUUAGAUAACUUUUUAUUCAUACAACACCAUUUUUGUUAUAAGUAUAUCGGGCUAUUCCCACCAAGUUGUGACCACUGGUUAGGUUGGAUUUUCUUCACCUUUUACCAAGAAUGAGAAAGAAGUAAAUUGGUGGUUACUUCUGGAUUUUUUUUCAGUUGUUUUUAGUGGUAACAGAUAAAAAAACCAGAUGGUAAAAACUUGGUGGUUACAUCUGGAAAUAACUCGUGUAGUCAAGGGAGUCAUUUAGCUCCAUAUAAACACAUUUAAUGUUGACACUAUGAUCUUGCACCAACUUGGUUCUGUUUCGCCCAAUGCUUGACUGGUACAAGUGGAGACAAAGCCUUAAGGCGUUAAAUCCGCUUUAGCUUUUUAAAACAAAAAAACUACAAAGCGAAACUUUGGAAAACAAAUAAAAUUAUUGAUUUGAUGAUGAUUUACUUUUGCAUUCAAUACAUUUGCACCUAAAAUAAGUUCCCAGAAAGGUUUGGGUCUGUCACUUACUGUCAGAAUUUAAGUUGACCCACAGGGAUGGCAGAAAAGGAUACUUUACACGUGUCAAAUGAGUCACUCUUUAUGAGACACCAAAACUAUUUUUACUUUGGAAUUAUUAAGAGAGACGUAUACUGUGACGUCACUAUAUGUAUUGUGAUAUAUAAAUAUAUUGCGACCUUUAUGUAUGUUUUCGCUUAUUUGAAACCAUUGGGUGCAUUGGCUGCUGUAAAAAAUAAUGUAUCUAUUGUAAAGCAGCCUAUUAUAGUUAUCGUUCUAAUACUCUUUCACUUUCUACGCCAAUUGAAUUAUUAAAUUACUUUUAAUAUUAAAAACACCCGUGUAUAAAUUAAUGUAAAUAUUGUAUUGAUUUAUAAUAUUUUAAGGACCAUUUAUCAAUCCAAACUGCACAGUGUUUACCUUCGUUUGUUAACACAUAAAAUGUAUCCGUUCCAUCCAUGUUAAGGAUCCCAUGCCCCAGUGACCUACGAUCUGAAUCCCUUAGUUUUCUAAUGUUUUUUGUAGCUUAUCAUAUUAACAGCAACGGCUUUAAACAAUAUAGUAUCCCAUAUUUACUUCAGAGUUCAUUGUCUUUGAGACGUUUGGCAUCAAAGUUGAAUAAUUUUAGGCCAUAACUUUUGUGUUAAUUAGUUUAAAAUUAAAACCUCUGACUAGUUUUUAGAGACGUCAAAACGAACCGAAGUAUGUAGAUUUCGUAUAUGUAAGAUCUUUCACAGCAAUCGAGAUACGAAAAAAGUGUUUUUUAGACGAAUGUUUAAAAAAAUCUAGAAAAAAUAAGUAUUCAGUUCUUUCAAAAUCCGGUAGACAAAAAUGGAGAUAAAAGAUUGAAGAACCGAUAACUGUUUGUCUUAUAAUUCUAUAUGUAGUGCAAGUGUAGGAGAUACGAUCCAAAACUUGUCAAAAAUCGAUGAAAACCUCGGGUAGCCCUUUCAAGUUGCCAUUUUUAUUAGUAGUAAUAAAGUCGAAUGCGUAUUUUUUAGACCACUAUAAGUAUGCUUGUUGGAGCAGCUUAAAAAUUAUCAACUACAUAUAUGACAGUUUCGGCAAAUGUAGGGUAAAACCACCAUUUUUAAUGGUAGUGGGAGGGAAAUUUCGGAGUUACUCGAGCGUGUCAGAUUAAGAUAUGAGUGAUAUCUUGCUACCCGUGGAGUCUACCUUAACCGCUUUUAGCCGUCUAUGUCGCUCCGUUGGUUGGUGUGGAGUUGGCGGGCAGUUAAAAAAAUCAUUAAAUAAGUAUAUUGUGGAUUUGGUUAGUUUGGUCCACGUUGAUGCUAAAAUUGUGUUAAUAUUUAAUCUGACAGUUAGUUGCUGUGUGUUGUUGUUGACGGUUGCAAGUUCGAAACACAUUAUCCGUCAGAUCCCCUCUUGGGCUCCCCUACCAUAAGUAACCUUACAGUGAUUUGUACGCUUUACUGUAUUUUAAAUCAAGUGUCCUAAAAUUGCGUGCCAAUAUUUGCAUUAUCCUUAUCAUUGUGUUUUUUACCCUAAAUGUGGCCAAGUUUGUAUGCCAUUAUCAGUUUUCAUUUCUCACUUUUCCGUGUAGGAUUAUCAUUGAAACGGGCCUUACCAAUAUUAAAAACCAAAAUAUCACAGCAAUAUGGUAACAUAUGAAUUUUAUAAAUAGUUCAAAGCCAUAGCUCAUAAUAUAUACUUACUUUGAAUGUACCGUGUUCUCAUUUUACACAAUAGGUUAUAGGUACAUAUAGAUAUUUUGUAAUAGACAAUUCGGUUGAUAUCCCAUAUAAUAUUUAAGAUCAUAAAAAACAGUUGUUUUAAAAAGAAAAUAACGAUUUGUGAUAUAAGUUUGGAAAGUAAGCAAUUUCCAACGAGAGGCGAUACCGGGAAGCACGAGCAUAUGCAGGUGUUUUUUAUACUAACCCCGAUUGGGAUUAAGACAAAAAUAAUGCGCGCUUAAUUGUUAUUUGUAAAUAUUUCAGUCUGGUACACUACUCUUAUCAACUACAUUGUAUAACUUCUUCAUUGAUUAUUAAAAAUAAAAACUGUCUUUCAAAUUAUUGAUCUGUGGCUUACAAAAUGUGAAAGAUGUAAAUACUCGUCUGCUACUCUGCAGCGGCGCCACCAUAAUGAAAAUCAAUUAAUUACAUGGUGAAAUUAUGUACCUGAAACGUAUAGAUCGCGGACCAGGAACAGAUUUCCAUGACCAAUCGCCUCCCGGGCAAACUCGUAUAGUGGUUAACGGCUAUGUAUGAUGAACCCUCGUGAACCCUGGUGGGUUGAGGAAUGGCAGCAAAUCAAUUCUAUAAAAAAAAAAUUAGUCAUCGCCUCCUGCUUGAUACUUUGUCAGAUGAUAGUUUAGAUGCUAUUGAAAAUAAACAAAAUCGUCAGCCGAUUGUAUCGCUAUGGAAAAACCGUCAGCUGGUCACAUGAACAUGUAAAAAAGAAAAUUCUUUUCAGUCAUCGGCGUCAUCGCCUCCCGUUUGAUACUUUGUCAGAUGAUAGUUUAGAUGCUAUUGUUAAUAAAACAAAUCGUCAGCCGGUUGUAUCGCGGUGGAAAGACCGUGUUACGCGUUUCGGUGGCUGCCAUUCCUCAACCCACCAUGAAGCGGCAGCUGACGUUCACGAGGGUUCAACAUACAUAGCCGUUAACCGCUAUACGACUUUUCGCCCGGGAGGCGAUGACUGACGAAAUUUGCGCCUAGCUCGCGGUCCAGUAUGAUAUACUGUGAUCCCAAUAGGCAGAUUAUAAAUACCUAAACUUGGUAAAACAAAGUCAUAAAGUGGAGACUGCCUUGCGAUCAAAAAAAUCCGGGACUCUAAAGUCGUCAGAAUCAGGUUCAUAUUCACAACUAAUAUAUAAUUGAGGAUAUAUAAUUCGAAUACAUUUGUAUUUACAUUAAGUAGCGAGAUUACCUAUGUGUAUUUAGAUUUAAGAAAUAUAAUUAUAUAGAAAGUUACAAAAAAAAUGGUUGUUUUAUUUUACGCCUGUUGAUUGUAUUGGAGAAAAACGAGGAAUGCAUUGCUUUUUACCGUAUUUAUAACAACAUCAUGCAUUUAGUAAGUACGUUUCCGGGACUUUAGUCCCGGAUAAAAAUGUUAUCGCAAGGCAGUCUCCACUUUAUGACUUUGUUCUACCAAGAGUACCAAGGAAGAGAGUGAAGAUUAUGAAAAAGCGCUGUACAAAAAAUUCAAGGUAUGAUGGAAUAUAUUCGGCGAAAACACAGCGGUUCUAUUUUCAGUAGAUAGUAGUAUAUAAUUACAAAUUAUAAAAAUAAACCGCUAUAAUAUGUGCAUCCGGUAAAAAUAUAUACCAGAUCAUGCAUGCCCGGAUUUUGUCCUGUACAGUCUUUAAUAUUUAAACAACAUCUUUGGGUUUAUUACAGUUUUAUUUAGUACCUAAUAAUCAAUUCUAUAUUUAGAUUUGUACCUAUUGUGACGUGAUCUUACGCCACAGUUACGAUGGAUUGUUAGCUAAGUUAGCAAGCAAUGCAUGCCCGGAUUUUGUCCUGUACAGUCUUUAAUAUUUAAACAAUAUCUUUGUGUUUAUUUUAGUUUUAAUUAGUAAUAAUCAAUUCUAUAUUUAGAUUUGUACCUAUUGUGACGAGAUCUUACGCCACAGUUACGAUGCAUUGUUAGCUAAGUUAGCAAGCAUUCGGUGACUUAUAUAUU